AUGCAGGCGGCCCACCACCUUGGAGAACGCGGCCCACCACCUUGGAGAACGCGGCCCACCACCUUGGAGAACGCGGCCCACCACCUUGGAGAACGCGGCCCACCACCUUGGAGGAACGCGGCCCACCACCUUGGAGGAACGCGGCCCACCUCCUUGGAGAACGCGGCCCACCACCUUGGAGAACGCGGCCCACCACCUUGGAGAACGCGGCCCACCACCUUGGAGAACGCGGCCCAUCACCUUGGAGGAACGCGGCCCACCUCCUUGGAGAACGCGGCCCACCACCUUGGAGAACGCGGCCCACCACCUUGGAGAACGCGGCCCACCACCUUGGAGAACGCGGCCCACCACCUUGGAGAACGCGGCCCACCACCUUGGAGAACGCGGCCCACCACCUUGGAGAACGCGGCCCACCACCUUGGAGGAACGCGGCCCACCACCUUGGAGGAACGCGGCCCACCACCUUGGAGGAACGCGGCCCACCACCUUAGAGGAACGCGGCCCACCACCUUGGAGAACGCGGCCCACCACCUUGGAGAACGCGGCCCACCACCUUGGAGAACGCGGCCCACCUCCUUGGAGAACGCGGCCCACCACCUGGCCGAGGGGUCAGGCCAUGCCAGUCCUGGAAUGCAGGAUUGGUAA